UGAUGAUGGAAUUAGCUACGGCAUACCAGAAAUCUCAUCAGAUUUUCAUUCGCCAAAACACGAAUAUCCAGCUAUGUUUGUAAACAAACCCACCUUAUCUCUAUGCCCCAAUGGUACUAAAUCUAUUUUUGUGUAGAACAUCACAGUAGAUAUAAGCAAAUGCAAAAAAAAGAUGUCAUCACAUUCUUCUAUCUGAAAAAGUUGAUUAGAUUACUUCUGCGUUAGAGAGAAGGAAACACAAACUGCAACAAACAUUUACGCUCAUUUUUAUGCAUAUAUGAAGGAAUAUUCUGUAUAACUAUGGGAUACUCUAUUCUAUCCAUUCUAUGUUGUGUACGCAUGCAGUCAGAAUAUUAACUGGCAGUCUUACAAAAUAAAAGUAAUAUAUUUCUUUAAAGGAAAUUACCUUUCAGCGAGUGCACAGAAAUUGAUGAUUGUGAGAUAUUUUGAAAUUUUUUAGGCAUCGUAAUACGGCAAUAUUUAUACACGUACAUGUGAGUAUGUAUAUAUAUUUGUAUAUAAUCUGACAUGCAAAUGACACAAACGACUGUUGAUGUACAAAUUUUUAAAAAAAAACCACUAAAAGGUGGGUGCAUCCACACACACACAUACAUACAAUCAAGUACAUAUAAAUGAAAAUGCGGUCAUAUAGAGCAAGUCAACAUUAUACUCCUGAAAGGAUUAUCUUCUGAAUUGUAUUCACUGAGGAUAACUUGAUGUACUUAAGGUACAAUGGACUAACCUACUUCUUUUGACAAUGUAUAACACAAAUGUCUAUUGAACUCCUACAAUGUAAUGCUUACUGUACACUAGUUGGAAAAGUUAAAUAAAUAAAUAAUUGUCUACCUUCGUUAGGAUUUAUCAUAUUGGGAAAAUAAAUAUAAUGAACACAAUGAACAUUAAUGAAAUGUAUCCGAUAAGAAAUUUAUUCCUCCUGAUUUUAUUCUUAUUCACUUGUUCAGUGAAUAUUCAUUUAGGAUGUAUGAAAUCAUCAAUGUUCUAUCGUACACCGAUACGUACACGUUCACAUGUAUUUGCACCAGGAGAAUAUCAACCAAAACAAGCUGAAAAUAAUCCAGAAGCUAGUGGACCAUUAGAUACGAGAGAUUUUCAUUAUCAACUACCUAAUAAACGAUUAGUACGCGUUGAUUCACCAUACAUAUUAUUUGAUUCAGAAGAAGCCCGCUGGAUGACAAAAGGUUGUCGUGAUCGACUGAUUAAGCUAUCAACACAAAUACAAAAUACAUGGGCUAAACAAGAAGUGAUUUUACGCGUGAUACGUUCUUGGGUUAAACCACCACCAAACUAUAAACCUCUUCCGACUGAAGACAAUUCCGAAGAACACACAGACGACGAUACUGGUGAUUCACUGUUACUUUAUGAGAAAAAUUUCAAAUCAGAAAAAAAUGCACGAAGUCGUGAUUCUGUAUUCGCUGAACAACCGCCAACUGUAUUUUCUGGCAAGAAAACAGCACCAUUUGUGCCGAUGAAGUCAAAACCUCAUCUUGAUGCACCAGUUAUUGAUAUGACACCAGAAAUGGUAGAUGAUCAGUUUAUCCAACAUCAUUCAGAUCCGAACAGGAUAGGAACACAGUCGAACGGUUUAAAAUUUCUUCAGUAUAUUCCAACCUCCAGAAGUGUGUCACCACAACGAAACCGUUGGCAUGCAAUACAAAGUAACCCAAACUAUCUAACACCUUCACCAUCAUCACUAGCUAGACAGUCUCUGUCAGCACAUUCAGGACAAAAUCAACGUUCAUAUAAGUCAUCAGCCACAAAUUUUCAUAACUCACACAAAAUCUCUUCAUCACUACCAGAUUCGUCGUACAACACCAUGAUUCGAUUGCCUAGAAGUGCUGCCUUUCUCAAAAAAUCUAAUUUUACAAUCACUAAUGUAACACUAAUCGAUAAUCAAACAGAUUUCACCAAUCAAAAUCCAAAUCGAUUACAUAAGAUAGUUGAACGUUCAGUUAAUACAAUGCAUGCUCCAGAUAUUAGUAGAAAACAUCGUAAUUAUGAUCACAAUAGUAACAGUAAUAAUAAUAAUAACCACAAUAAUCAGAACCACUUAUUACCUGCGUCAGUGUUGAAUGAAUUACGUAUGGAAGAAUUUCAUUAUGCUGGUAGAGCUGUAGAUAUUGAGUUAACUACACGACAAUUUGGCCGUCCUCAUAAUUCAGACUUACACUUGGGUGUAUUAGCACAAAUAGCCUAUUAUGUAGCACAUUUUGAUUGGUGCUUUUUUAACCGUGCUGGUCAUGUACACUGUUCAGUGAAACCCGAUUCCAUUAUCACUUCUCAAUGGUUUGGAUGUUUCCCAGGCGAAUCAAAACUACGUAGAGCAGAUGGUGAAGUUAUAUCGAUCAAAGACUUACAAAUUGGUGAUCGUAUAAUAACACAAAAUUCAGAAAAUGGAUUAUUGACAAAUGCACUGGUAUUUGGAUUUCUUGAUCGAGAUGAACAUGGAUGGAGUCCAAUGGUAGAAAUUAAAUUUCAGAUGGAUUCAAACUCAAAUCAGUAUGGUACAAUAAGGCUUACUGCAGAUCAUCUAAUUUAUAUAUAUGACAAUUCUAUGAUGUCCAACAGUACAGAAAAUAUACAAGUGGACAAUAAAAAAGUUGUAUUUGCUUCAUCUGUGACAGUAGGUCAGAUCAUUUUUGUACAUUACGAAAAUGCCACGGAUGGACUGAAAAAGGCACAAGUAAUUUCAGUUGAAACUAUACAGCCUGCAAUUAAUGACAGUGUAGGUAUAAGAGAUAAUAUUGGUAUAUACGCGCCUAUAACUGAUACUGGUACACUGAUUAUUGACAAUGUACUAGUUUCAUGUUUUGCGCAUAUUUCAAAUCAUAAUUUAGCAACACUUAUCAUAUGGCCAUGGAAAUUACUGUAUACAAUAAUGUUAAAAGUUCAUCCAUACAUCAAUCUCAUAGAAUAUACUGAAAACAAUGAAAGGUAUUCAGAUUAUUCAAUUGGUGUUCCGUGGUUAAUUCAAUGGAUCUAUAGAUUAACACACCUAUUCCUGCCUGAAUCUCUUUUUUAUCAGGAUACAAUCAAUCUAACAUGAAGUACAGAACUAUGACUGAAAUAUGAUUUAUAGAAUUUUCCACCCUAGAACAAACUGUAUUUGGAGAUGUUGCGAAACAAAAUUUUCUAAAGCUUGUAUACACUACUUAUUACUGAAGGAAUCAGUAUUAAAUGAUUCGUCCUAGUUCUACCUCUAAAACAAAUUAUGCAAAUAUUUGUAUUGUCCUGUUUUGUUUCGACUUUACUUGAAUUUAUGAAAUGUAAAUCGUCAUAUUCAUACAUCCAAUAAAAACUCAGAAUACUUAUAGUAUUAGUAGACUUGAGGCAAGUUUCUUUCAUAGUUUCAUUACUGUUUUCCAGUGAUUCAGUGAGCACAGUUAUCAGAUUGUUUGAGCAUAGAAUAUAUCAUAAACCGUGUUUUUCAGAAAAGCGAGUACAUCAACUAUCAGUUUAUUCACAUCUAACAUGCUUAACUAAUGUGUGACAAUUUAACUUAAUUUAUACACAAACUUUCACUGUCCAAUGUAUGUAAAAAAACACAAACACUGUUGCCUGUUUAUAUCAGCUACGCUGUAUACCUAAGAGAAGUAGAAGUUUUCAGUGAUUAAGAAUAAUACCUCAUGUUAAGUAUAAAAAAGUUUAUAUCUUGUCAUAAAAUUUAAAUCGUUAGCUUUCCGUUGUUUGCGCUUUCAUUAUCAUUUAAAACAAACAUAGAAGUCAACUGUACAUAAUAUUACCA